GCUGAAAAAACCAGACACAAACAGAAAUAGUGGUUAGCUGCGAAUCGUUGAAAUUCAAGACGGAUCGCUAUCGCAUUUCUUCAAUUAUGUCUGUUUCGCUUUUCAUUCCGCUGCACUAAACUAAGCGAUCGCAACACAAAGAGCGAGAGAGAGUACGACUCCCACUCCAUACGCCCCCGCACACACACACACACCCCCCUCUCACCCAUAAUUACUAUGGAUUGUGGUGGUAUUGCGGCACAUCAACAACAGCAACUACAACAGCAACAACUGCACUUACUCCAGCAACAGCUACAACAACAACAACAACAGCUGCAGCAACAACAACACAACCUCGAGGAAGCAGCAACAAUAACAAAUAUCAAUCUAAGGGGCAUCUUGGUGGGCGGCGCUGCCAGCGGCGGAGGAAUAGUAGGAGCAGCGGCUGGUGGUGCGACGACGACGACGACGACCGCCGCUGGCUUCGUGGCUGGUGGAGAUUGCCCUGUGAUUGGCUCCGGUGCUGGCGCUGGCGUUAAGUUGCGUAGGCACAGCGAUCGUCCCCUGACACCGGAGACCAAACACCUCUCCCACACAUACCGCAUCUCCAUGGCCAACCUGGAGGACUCGCAGGAGUCGGAGCUGGACCAGAUCCUUGGCGAGCUGGGCCUGCUGGAGGCUCAAAAUAGCUAUGCCGAGGCGUCCUUGCUGUCCGGCGUGGGUGCUCCGCUUGCCGGCUCACAAGUAGCGCCACCACCUGGAAUGGCCCAGCUUGCGGGAAAUGCUCCGUCACUGGUUUCCAUGUCGGCCGCCUCGUCGCGCUCCCACUCGCGUACCAACAGCAGCAUCUCAGCGGACGUGAGCAGCUGCUCAUCGUCCGGGAUCUCGGAGAACGGACACGGAAUUGGACUCAUUGGCGCACCUGGAGCGGCCGGAAUGAUGGUGCAUCCGCCGCCACCUGGCGGCAUGACCAUGGGCAUAACGCUGGGCGUUGUCACGGCCCGGGAGCCGCGCACUGAGUCGCCCGACAACGACUCCGCCUUCAGCGACACGGUCUCCCUGCUGUCCAGCGAGUCAUCCGCCUCCUCGAACACAUCCCUGCAGCAACAGCAGCAGCAACAGCACCAGCAGCAGCAUCAGCAGCAGAAACAGCAGCUGGCCACCUCGGAGAAGCUGCUCCACGGCGGCCACGGCCAGCACAGUGGUCAGCAAAGUGGCGCUAACAGCAUCUCGAAGGCGGCCAAAAUCCAGCUGGCACUGCAUAAGCUCGAAAGCGCCUCAAUCCGACGCCUGUUUGUCAAGGCCUUCACCUCCGAUGGCGCAUCCAAGUCGCUGUUGGUGGACGAGCGCAUGGUAUGCGGCCAUGUAACGCGCCUUCUGGCCGACAAGAACCACGUGCUGAUGCAGUCCAACUGGGCUCUGGUGGAGCACUUGGGCGAUCUGCAGAUGGAACGCCUCUUUGAAGACCACGAGCUGCUGGUAGACAACCUGAUGACGUGGAACUCGGAUGCCGGCAAUCGCGUGCUCUUCCAGCAGCGGCCGGACAAGGUGAAUCUGUUCGCGCGCCCGGAACUCUACUUACCCGGACCCCAGAUGGCGCCCGGAUGCCAGCACGACGAGCAGACGCGGCAGAUGCUGCUGGACGAGUUCUUCGAUUCGCACAACCAGAUGCAGCUGGACGGACCGCUCUACAUGAAGGCGGACCCGAAGAAGGGCUGGAAGCGGUACCACUUCGUGCUGCGCUCCUCGGGUCUCUACUACUUCCCCAAAGAGAAGACCAAGAACACGCGCGACCUGGCCUGCCUCAAUCUGUUCCACGGCCACAACGUGUACACCGGAUUGGGCUGGCGCAAGAAGUGGAAGUCCCCGACAGAUUUCACCUUCGGCUUCAAGGCGGUCGCUGACUCCUCACUAGGCAAGUCGUGCCGCUCGCUCAAGAUGCUCUGCGCCGAGGACCUGCCGACACUGGACCGCUGGCUUACGGCCAUCCGCGUCUGCAAGUACGGCAAGCAGCUGUGGGACAGCCACAAGUCGCUACUCGAGGAUCUCUGCCUGAGCCGCGACGACUCCGUCUCGCAGUCCAGCUUUGCGGCCUCCAUGCGCAGCGAGUCCAUCUCGAGCAUCUCGUCGGCAGUCCCGUCGCAGUGUGGCAGCGUAUCCUCGGCCAUCAGCAGCAUGUCCAACUCGACCAGCGGCCGCACAUCGCGCGCCUCCAGCAGCAGCUCCAGCGGUUGCCUCUCCGACGACAACAACGGCUUUGACUCCGAGUUCACCACGGGCACCAUCAAGCGCAAGCCCUCGAUGAAGCCCAAUCUGCCGCUGACCACAAUGACACGCCAGCUGAAGGAGGUGGGCGAGAUCACCAUCUGCGAAAGCGCCGGUGGGGAUGCCAGUUCCCCGGAGCGCAGCGGUACGCUCACGCGCCGCCACAGCCGCCGCAAGUCGCAGGAGAGCAAUGGCAGCGGCACUCUGAAGAGACGUCCGAUUCCCGUGCCAGUGGCCGCUGCAGUCAAGCAGGUGGAGCCAAUGGGCAGUGCCUCCUCCACCUCGUCCAGCAGCAACUCCACUCCCACGCCCACACCCAGCAUAUGCGCCAAGCCGGCACCGGGCGAUGCUGCUUCGCUGAUGUGCUCGUCCACGCUGUCCUUGGAUUCACUGCCUCCGCCCCCUCCGCCGCCCGCUUUGGAUGGGUCGGAUGACCAGGACGUGUACGGGUCCCAGUUGUCGCUGGCCUCCCUGCCCCCACCGCCUCCUCCCGAGGAGGUGCUGGCCAUGAGCUAUGCGGGUCCGCCCAGCCCGACUACUCCCACACCAAUGAGUACACCGAUGAUCAUGCCUAAUAGCAAUGGAUCGUUGCCGCCGGCGGUGCCGGCCAAGCCGAUCAAGCCGGCAGUAAAGCAGCCCUCGGGAGCUCUUAAAGCUGCGCCCCCGUACAAGGCGCCGCCGGAUUAUGUAGGUCCCGCCCAGCUGCCCGGACCGCCCUUGCCGCCGCCGCCCCCCACCGCCCAGAAGAAGGUCUCGUUCGCAGACUCUCCAGUGCUGCUGCGGCGCAAGAUGUGCUCGCCGGAGCCAGUGCUGCCGCAGCGCUCGCCCAGCACCACGCUCAGCUGCCAUUCCAAUUCCAGCGCGGGAUCGGCCUACCAGACCUAUGCCCCAGGUCCGAUGUUGCCGCCGCGCUCGGACCUGGCGCGUCUGUCUAGCCAGAGCAACGGUAGCAGCAGCGAGGUGACCUCGCCCAAACGCCUCCAGGAGUCCGCUUCGAAUCCGCCCCGCGACUUUCUCAAGGACCUGCAGCGCGUGAUGCGCAAGAAAUGGCAGGUGGCGCAGAAGUGCAAGGCGGAGCCGGCCACAACGCCGCACGAAGUCCUGGGCUUCCGGGACUUCAGCAACGAGGACCUACUGGCCGCCCACAAUCUCAACUCGGGGGCCAAUUCCUCGCACUACUACCGCGAGACGGCCAACGUGAGCCACUGGGUGCAGGAGCACUACGAGUACGCACACAACGCGCUCUACGAAAACGUGCACGCCCAGGGGAGGGCGGGAGGCGCUGGCGGAGAUGCUGGCACACCUCCGCUACCGCCGCCGCCUGGAAAUACCGUUGCGGCCAAGAAGCGCCCUCCGCCGCCGCCUCCGAAACGGAGCGACAAGACCCACCUGACCAACCGGGUGUAGGAUCGUCAGAUAAGAAGGAUGAAUCCGCUCACAUACUUGGAUUAUAGUUCUCCAAAGGAAGGAUUUUCGACCAGGAGCACAAAUAAUUACUUGUCUAAAAGAAAGCUAAAAAACAGAAUUAUGCAAAUUCCUAAAUAAGGCGAAACGGAGCGGGAUGGAAAACCACUAAUUAAAACAUACUUAUGUAUGACUUUACAUAUAUAUUUUUUAAGAAUAUGAUAUGGCCACGCCCACUUCUUUACACAAGUACUACACAUAACAGAGAAUCAAACUGUAGAACACCAUCCUAUUUUGGAGUCAAACCACGUAAAAUGCGUCAACAAUUUGUAGCCAUCUUUUAAAGUUUUAAAAUAAUAUUUUUAAUCGGUGAUGGAAACCGGAACUUCUUUUUCUGUUACUUUUUGAUCCGAUAAUUUGUUUGGCAAAAUAAAGUUUUAAGAAUGAACAGGGUUUUUCGCUAAGAUUGCAUUCAGGAGUCAAGAGUAUUAUUUUUUUACAAUAAACAUUUUCGAGCAAAUAAAAAGUGAACGAAACAAGUUUUAGUUCUAGUUUUUGGUUGACAGUUUUGACGUGGUUUGAUAAUUCAUCCAGACUUUGAUCCAUUUCGAUAGUCGAGAAAUUGUUGGGAUAACCACCAGCUUAAACAAAAGCAAAAUGCAAAAAGGAAUUCUGCAUUAGUAAAAAUAUUUAAGCUAAAUUUUAGUUUGUAAAAAGAAAAGAAACAAUGCAUUUUUAAAACGAUAGUGCAUUAUUUAAAAACACUAAGUUAGCGUCAGAUAAGUGUAUAAUGUGUUUCUAUAAACAUGCACUUUUUAAUGGUUUAGUUGCUCUUAGUAUUGAUUUUAUAUUUUUUUUUCGAUAAUCUCUGUAACGGUAGUAAACGUUUUGUAAGCGCAUGAAAUGCGCUGCGCUAGAAAAGGAAAUGCCUUAUAAAGCAUAUAAACCUAAAAAGGGGAAGCCCUGCAUAUACACCUAAUAUAUAGUAAUGCAUAUAUGUGUUGAUCUAUCCAAAUUAUUUGCUGUUUAAAGCGAUAUUUUCUUUAUUUAAAACAUUUGUAUUCCACAUUUAUUGUUCAAUUAAAAUAACCAAAUGCUUAGUUUUCAAAAUAUUUAUCAAGUUCCUCAAUAGAAUACAAAUUUAUAUUUCUCUUUGUACUUAUAUCAAACCACAAAUAAAAUAGGCAGAUCAGCUAUAAUACACACCUUGCAUGUGCAAAUCAAACUAUUUAUAUUAAAGGCAAUAAGAGAAAAUUUAAUUAUUUCUGUACACAAAUCAAAAAUGUAAUUCAUCAAGUUAACUGUAACAAUAUAUAAAUUAAUUAUUUGGUUAAAUUCGCAUACGAAUUUUGUUUCUCAACAUAUGAUUUUUGAAACGUUCCUAUAGGUUCAAUUUUUAUAUGCAUGUGUUAUAUGAGUUCAGUGAAAUCUAAAUAAAUAUAUUUUCCCUGCUGUGCACUAAUCAAACUAAAGUACGCGCAGAAUAGCUUUCUAGAUGAUCAAUUGAGCACUCGAUAAAAAUAUAUACCGCAAUCUUUUAAUGACCUACUUAUCAACGGCUUACUAUCAUUGAUCGGUUGCCACGUAUCGAUUAUAUUUUGAUCAAUUUUGUAAUUGUUUUUGUGUAGUAACUUGUUUGCCAUUUGUUUUGUAUGUAUGUUUGUGUACAGCCAGAGACAGCCAUAUAUAUAAAUAUAAGCGUAUAUACGUGCCUGUAUAUUGUAUCCGGUUCAGCAAUAGUUUCAAUAAUUUUUAAAUGUAUGAAAACUUAUCUAUUUGGGUUGAAUACUUUAGAUAUUUUGGUCCCGAAACACACUGUAUAAAGGCAUAGCUAUAUAGUUCUAUAUGAAGUUUUGUUACGUUUAAAUCGGCGUGUGUGCUGCAAUUGAAUAAUGAUCGAAUCAAUCGACGAAACCUUCGCCUUCUCUCUCCAGCCAUCCUAAAAGUGUUCAGACUCCAAGCCCAAAAGAUCCCGCAUCAGCUAUAAAAGCUUGCUUUUUUCUCAUCCUAUGUCACACAACCUUAUAUAAAUAUAUGAAACUUUUGUUUUUGAAUACAAGAAUCAGCAUUGGGUUUAUUAUGGUAAAUUUGCAUUUUACUUUCCUACGUAUACAAAACUAAAGGGUAUUAUGCAUAUAGAUCUAGAUAUAAACAUACUUAAAUAAAGGAAAUGCCAAUUUUUUAAAGCUUGAAUUUAUAUAAAGAUAUUUUUUAGAAACUAUACGCUAUAUAUAUCUAUAUAUAUAUAUGGUAGGAACACAAGGAUGUGCCAUAGGCGCCGUCGUCGUGUCAAAACAAAAAAAAAAAUUGAAAAGAAAAACUUGCAAACAUUUUUUGCUACAUAAAUGUAAUAAAAUCUAAAUGAACCUAGUCAUUAAGUCCAUGAUAAAAUGAAAUAUAAAUUGAAAGCUAAAUAAAUUUAUAUAUAUAAAUGGCAUACAUUUGUAAUUAAACGCAAAUGAAAGGGAAAUAUAGAAACUUACUUAAUGCUUUAACUACAAAAAGCAUUUUAAAGAAACAUUGUUUGCCAUCUUACAUAUAAUUUAUAUAUUUUUGUUUCCGUUCGUUUGCUUAAAUAUUUCAAUUUCAAUGUAUAAACAAUUAAGAAAUGAAGAUAAAUAAAUCAAGGUUCAACUAAAAGAACAAGAAAUCAAACACAAAACAGAAUCCUAAUUAUAUAAAAUAAGGAAAACUCAAAUUACAGCCCUAGCUAAAACUAAAAGAAAAGACUACAACUGAAGAAAAGCAAAAUAAGUAAGUUAAUUACUAUAUCGCCGAAACAUUCAGACAUCAUUAAUAUGCAUUAACUACAAAUUUACAAACACAGCAACGGAAAACUACAACAUCUAACUAAUAAAAUCAAAGAAAAAUUCAAUUUUUAAAAAUAAAAUCCAGAAAUUCUUUGCAGGGCUAUUAUAUAGUGAACAAUGUUGCCAUUUGAUACCAUUUUUUCCACAAAUAAAAACACAUUUGAUAUAAAAAUAUAUAUUACUAUAUAUACCUUAUAUUCCAAAUCAAAUGGAAUUUUUUGUAAUUUUGAUAGAAACAUUCAAAACAUAUUAAAAUCGAAAAAGAACAAACAAAAACUGUGCGAAUGAAACGUGUUACGAAAACUAUGAGAAAUAAAUGCGAGAAAUGCCUAAGAAAAAUUUAAA